AUGGACUGCCUCAAGGUUCCAGAGGCCGGUCUGCUGUUGCAGGGCCCUUCCGGCCCUGACACCCCUCUUCCGCCUCAAGCCUUUGCUCUCUCGCUGAGUGGAGGCAUUGUCGACAACCUCCUCCGAGCCGCCCGCGACGGGGAUUCUAUCCAGCUUGCUCUUGGAAAGAACCCUACCCUCCACUAUGGCAACAAGUCUCACCGUAUAGCGCGCCCCGAAACCUCUGCACCUUAUGAUGUUUAUUUAACGCGACCCUACGAGUCAUCUCGUUUGGCCGCCAGACUGCCCAUCACCACCGAUCUGUUCACCAAGCCCCUUCAGAGCAAGACGAAGCAAAAAUCCACGUCCUCGAACAAGGAAGAAGGCUCUGGACUCGGUUCUGAUGUUGAAGCAACGCAAAAUGGGCUGGCGGCCCACGCAGCCGCAAAGGAAAGAACACAAUCGAACGAAAGGACUCCCAAUGUCGGCAAGACCAGCAAGAAGAGUAAGAUUCUCUCCGGUUAUAAUGCGAUUCCCCGGUCGAUAGCGACGUCACCGAAUCCCAAUCCGCCUCCAGCGACCGCACCCGCACCUUCAGCAGCGAAGCAGGCUUUUGAAAGAAACAAGGAGCAAAGAGUGUCUCUGGUUCAUGAGCUUGCUACUGGCGAAAAGUCUGUUGACCACUUACGGCGAAAAUGGGGUGGUCUACCGGAAGAUUUCAAAUCUGUAUUGGAAAAGACGGCCGAGUACAAUUCUGACACCAAGUGUUGGAGCCUGAAAAAGCCUUUCUGGAAAGAGCUCGACGUUUGGAAUUACGAUUACGAUAGUCAGGAAGAGCGGCAAACCGCCAUCGAAAGCGCUAUCCGACAGUACGAUAAGCAGCGCCUGUCCGCAUUCGAACCUGAAUGGCAGAGGCUUCUCACGAAGGAAGAGCGUGGUAAGGGCAAGUGCCUUAGUCGGCUUCAAGCAUCAUUGGCAAAAGGCCCAGCACAGCCGGCCCCAAAAAUCAAGUUACAAAAAGCCGACGACAGCUCGACUUCCAAUAAGGAUGAUGGAGACAAUCAAAGUCUCACCAGCGACCGAAGCAGAAUUGGUGGUGAGAGCAUGUCGAGGACGAAUUCUGCCAACAGUGUCUCGAAACCGGCGAAGCCAACCAAAGAGCCGGAGCCAAAGCGGCCUGUGUCAACAACCAAGUCGAAGCCUGCCUUGCCCAAACCUUCACCAACCAAGGCUAAGGCUGCUGUCAGUAAGACUGCUGGUGUCAAGUCGAAUGGUGGACGCGUUUUGUCGCAAGCCAUCAUUGAGAAUUCGGACUCGUCUGGGGACGAAGCGCCGCUCGCGAAAUCGAAGGCAAAGCCGAAGCCAGUCGUUGACAAGGAGCCUCCCCCACGCGUUGCACCGAAACCUGCCGCUAAGUCUGCAGCUAAGCCUGUCGUCAAGCCUGCCAGCAAGCCAGCGCCCGAGAAGCGGCCUCACUAUGAUGACGAGGAAUCCAGCUCAAGCUCGGGUACUCCACUGGCCAAGAGGCUGAAGCAGAAGCCCCCGCCACAGACUGGCUCGAAGCUCAAGGAUCGAGCGCCGGUCCUGCACAACACGGCUCGUACCGCUGCGCAGACAACGGCAGGCAAGGCCAAGAACACAUCGCCAUUGAAGUCGUCACCAUUAGCUACGUCACCGCCUACGAAUGCAUCUGAAAUUGAAUCAGAUCGCCGACCGCCCGUGAAGAAACGCAAGGCGGAGAUGGAUAGUAGGGCGGCCGCUGUGAAACGUCCGGCAAUACAAGGAGUCUCCCGAGAAGUGUUGGAUAGAGCGACAAAAUUCAAGCAGUACUACAACAAGUAUGAGACCUUGCACUAUGAGAUAGAGGCGCUGGAAAAUCCCGCUCAGGCACAAAUCGAGCACCUUCUCCACAUGCGGCAGAGGCUGGAGACGAUGAAGAAGGAGUUCUACAGGACGGGGAAGCAAUAA